CCAUGAACCGUGACCUCCCUAUCCAAGGUGGCACCUCUGAAGGAAGCUGUGGACUGUGCCCAGCUGGAUCCUUUUGCCCUGGUCUGGACCUAAGCUCUCCUAUCAGUGCCUAUGUGGCUGGCUCCAAAUGCUCCUGGGACCUCAGGACCUAGAGCCCCAUGGCUUUCCUCUGCCCUCAGGGUCACUUCUGCCAACCAGGGUCUGCUUGGCCUGCCCCAUGCCACCAAGGGGAGUACCAGCCCUCCCUAGGCUCAGACACCUGCCUCUCGUGUCCACCUGGCUUUCACUGUCCUCAUCCCGGCACCAGAAUGCCCAGGCUUUGCCCAGCACAUGCCUACUGCCCAACCGGAACGUGGUCCCCUCCUCCAUGUCCUCCAGGGACCUUCAUACCCCAAGAUGCGUCAGGCCUCCGGGAAGAGGGUGACUGCUCCGUCUGUCACCCUGGUAGCUACUGCAGAGGUGGACAGGUAUGGGGGAAAUGCCCUGCUGGUUAUUUCUGUCCUGCUGGGACCUCCGAACUGACGACACAAGGUCCCAGGGAGUCUCAGCCCUCAUGCCCCCAGGGACAACUGUGCGCCAAGCAGUGCCCACCAGGCUUUUACUGCCCAGAGGGCAGUGGAGAACCCACCUUAUGCCCACCUCAUACUGUGGCGGCUGCCCCUGGAGCCAAGCAGCAAGAUGAGUGUGGGCCUUGCCCUGCUGGGCGCUGGUGCAAAGCCGGAGACCCGACCACUCACCCCUGCCCUGCUGGCCACUACUGCCCUGGAGGGAAUAAGACCAGUCCAGGAACCCCACAGGCCUGCCCUGAACACACCUAUCUGGCUGCAGAAGGAGGCCAGAGUCUGGCAGAGUGCCUCCCUUGCCCUCCCGGGUACCACUGCCUGUCCCCAGGUCUCUGUUCCUUCAAAAGCCACCCAUGUCCUCCAGGCUACUGGUGUCCAGGUGAUCAGGAUGCCUUUCUCUGUCCACCUGGCACCUUUCGAACAAAGCCAGGGGCAUCAUCCCAAGAAGACUGUGAGCUCUGUCCCCCUGGCCACUACUGCCCCCAGGCUGAGCCUCAAGAUCAUGCAAAUGUGUUUGUGAUCCCCUGCAGAGCUGGAGCUGAGUGCCCUGUAGGUUCUGUGGCUGAGGUCACAUGCAGGGUUGGCUCCUACUGCGGGCCCCAGACAGGGGUCCCCCCACUUUGCCCUGGGGGCUAUGCCUGCCCUGCUGGCUCCUCCACCUACACUGGCCCAGGGCAGCUCUGUGUGUUUCCCUUUUACUGCCCCGUGGGCAGUGCCCAUCCACGUGCGUGCCCUGGGGGCUCUGAGGCCCUGAAUGGGACUGGCCUUAGGGUCUCCAAGGAGACUUGCUGCUGCCUCUGUGAAGCAGGCACCUACUGCAGCCAGGCCCUGGAUUCCCAGACCUGUCAGCCCUGUCCGCCUGGAUUCACCUGCCACCAGGGAACAGAGAGUUACCACAGCCACCCCUGCCCAGUGGGGCACUACUGUCCCACCGGGACUCACAGCCCCAGGCCCUGCCCAUUGGGAACAUUUAGAAACAGCAGCCAGGCAGGGGCAGCUGGAGAGUGCCUGCCAUGCCCUGCAGGCACCUUCAGUGCCCAGCCUGGCCAGGCUGGCUGCCUCCCCUGCGGGAGCUCUGCUUUCUCUCCACCAGGUGCCUCCAACUGCACAUGUCGGGGCCUGAACAGGGUCUUCCAGAAGUCAGAUGGUUCCUGCAUCUGCCAGGCAGGACAUGAGUCCUAUAGCAGAAGUGGCCUGGAAAGUGAGGAGAGCAACGGUGAUGAAGACUGUCAGCCCCAGGUGGUAGAGCGAUGCUGGGCUGGAGAAGUUCGCCUGGCUGCCACCCACAAGUGUGUGACCCCACAACUGCAUGACUGCUCUUCCUUCUGUCACCCAGUGGGUGGAGAGCUCAGUGCUGAACUGCGCAUUUGCCAGUGCCAGGAGUAUGUCUCAGCCGAAGAGCUCUGCAAUGCCCAGUGUCUGGCCAGGGCCCCCCAACUUGCCCUGGCCUGGGGUUCCAGCAGACAGCUGAUCCUCAGUGUGAAGAGUGACACAGGAGACAGUGACCAGAGUGAAAUAGUGAGCACUCUGGGUCCAGACCAGUUCUUCCAAGGGAACGCCAGGGUCCAUCUGACCCAAUGUGGCCCCCAUGGCAUCUUUGGCUUUGUCAUCUCCAGAGUGGACAUGCUUGGCUCCUUCCUCCUUGGACCACUUGUAUCCCAGCCCUGGCUGCAAAGGCAUCAUCGGACUACAGGACUGGAACACUCUGUCCCUCAUGACCCCCACAUCCAUCCCCAUAUUCCAAAUCCAGUGGUCUGCCUGGCAGAGGGGGAUGUGAUUCUUUUCCAGCUUCAUAUUCUUCUCCACAAAGCUGAGCUGUCAGGAUGUGAGCUGCCCAGGCCUGGGACUGAGGAGGCCCCUGGAACCCAGCCCCACCUUGCUCUUUCUCCAGAUCGCUCAGCCAGCCACUAUCCUGUGUACCAGGUGCAGCAUCUGUUUAACAGCAACCCCCACUGGGACUUUGGGGCCUUCAGGAGACUCAGGCACUUGGUACAAGAGACUCACCUCAACUUCUCAAGGUUUGCCCACCAGUUCCUAGAUCCAGGUACAUAUGUAUUUCAAGACAAUGGGCUGCCUGAAAGCUUCAUGGUGGUGCUGGUGAAGAAGAAAGGAGUGGCCUUCAGUCCCAGUCUAUCCCCUGUACAGCCCUCCUCCCCAUAUCAGCUUACCAGGCAUGGGGUCCUCAGGCAGAGGCUGCCAAACCUGGGCCCAGACUGGGCAGUGAUCACAGGAGUGCUGCUAGCUAUUGGCUUAGCAACCAUGCUGCUGACAGGCCUCAGCCUCAUACUGAGACCCCCGCUAGCCCAGGCCUACCCUGUGAGGAUUUGGAGGCCCCAGUGGAGGGGACUUGGGGAGCCUCAUGUGCCCACUGAGUAUGUGCCCCUCAGGGACAACUUUCUAUCCUAUGAAGAUCUUUGUCCUCGGGACUCGGAGGAAGAAGCUGAUUCCAAGAAGACAGCCAUUACCUGGGGCACAGGAGAGCCACUCCCUGUGAAGACCCUAGAGGACUUCAGCAUCCGUACUCUCUACGACAAGCUCGAGGACCAGAGCCUGCACGUGGCAGCCCAACUGAACAAGCACCGGAGCAAUGCCCUGGCCUUCUACAGGGGCGCCAGCCAGCAGCUCCAGGGCCUCAAGGACAUUCUGCAGCACUUCAGUGCAACUGAGCAGCAUGUUCUGGGGAGGGACGGAGACCCAGAGAUGGAGGUCACAGCUGCUACCAGGACAGCCACUGGGCUGAGCAAGGAAUCUUGGGGCCGCCACACUGCAGCUUCACCCAGGGAGCCCUGGCAGCAUCCUCUAGGCUGCACCACCAGUGUCUCACCCCUGGGCUUGCAGCCAGAGCUUGACAGAGUGAUCGUGGCCCUGGCGUCAGCACUUUCUCAUGCAUGUGGGCAACCAACUGGGGCCAGAAGAAAGGCCUCUCGUCAGGUUGGUGAACAGCCUCUCCCUACCUAUCAACAAGACUCUCACCUGGCAAGUAACAUGACCCUGAAGCCACAGCCUCUGCCCUUGGAUGAGGAGCACCAAAGUACAAGAUCCCAGCAGGACCUGGGACCUGGACAGCUCCCUCAAUGUGCCACCAAAGGAGGAGAUAAAAUGAGCCCAAGUUCUAUGUUGUGGAUCCUCACAGCUGGACACAGGCACAGAGCAUUUCCUGAGCUGCAGAGAAAGAUUUGGCAGGUGGAAGAUACUUUGGAUGAGAUGAAUGAAGAGUUCUUCUGGCUCACUGCUCAAGCCCUGGAGCUCCAGAAAGAAAAAGACAAACCAGGACAACUGCUCCCAAGUGAAGGCAAUACAUUUGUGGAGGUUCCCAGCAUCUUCCCUUGUGAGUGGCAAGAAGAAAGACCCUACCCAGUGGAGGCAAGUGGCCCAGAAGGAGACAGUCUGGGGACCUGGGCCCUGAAGAGUGAGCAGACCCUGAUGCUGGGAGUUAGAAGAGCCCACCUGGCUCAGAGGAUUGAAGACCUGGAGUGGGAGCUGUCCCUGCUCCUCCAGGUGACAGAUGGCAGUGUGUGUGUCAGAGGGAGCUGGCCCAGCCUGGGGAGACACUGAGUCACACAGGAUGUUGCGGUGGCCAUCUGUAGGAGUGCCUUCUCCACAGAGAACAUAACCUGGUUAAUCAGCUCACUCCUGAUAGGAAGGAGUGGGUGUCUAAGGGGCCACAAGCCUGAAGCAUGUUCUCAGUUUUAUGACAUGCUUCUUUUGGGUAAUACCCAAAUUUCUUCCAGAGCCUAAACCUUGGCUUGUCCAGAUUUCUGUCUGCCAUCUUUGGGGUAAGGGAAA